GGUUAUUCGGAAUCUCGCGCAGCGUCAUCUUGGGUUGGGUUGCGUUUGUUGAUCCAGCAGAGAAAAGCAUCGCUGCCUUGACGACGAUCACACACGAACUGUACGGAUGUGAUGUGGACCUACGAUCCGCAUAGCGGUCCGUAGCCUCAACAAAACAAUCUCGUAAAACCGGUGUCUUUAAACCGCCCUUAUAUCUGCGAAUCGUUGCGAUCGCGAGCGGUCAACGGCGGUCUGCGGCUCUCUCUGUCUGAGCGAUCUGUGUAAUAAACUUUACUUUAUUUACUUUAUUUAUCGGGUUCGUGUCGGUUCGUUCCGCAACAGGUUUCGAGAAUAAACCAGAACAGUCGGACAAAGUUGUCGGAGGAAAGAUGAUGCGUAAAAGAAGAGGAUCAUUCACGUACGACUAAUCUGCAAGUGAUUACUUAUCAGGCGAGCAAAAAAGAAGACGGUUGUUUUCUUUGCAUCAACAACGCAAGGAAAUAACUGAAGGAAUAUAUCAUAUUUGGAGCUUAUUUUCAAUAUGAUGCCGAUGUUCCUGACCGUGUACCUCAGCAACAGCGACCAGCACUUCACCGAGCUUCCCAUCACACCGGAGACGCUGUGCAGAGAUGUGGUGGACAUGUGUAAAGAGCCGGGGGAGGUGGACUGCUAUCUGGCCGAGAUCUGGAGAGGUUCUGAGCGCGUGAUUGGCGACAGCGAGCGAAUUAUCGAGGUGCUGCAGCGCUGGGGUCAGCAGAGGGCGGAGGUGCGAUUCUUCCUGCGACAUGACAGAGCACCCGGCCACGAAACAGGAGGUCACCGAGCUCCAGAGCCUCCUGUCAAAAGAAAUGCGGUGAAGGGGUUAAUGGACAGACACAUGGAGAAUGGAAUGGUUCCUCCUCGUAUGGACAUCACCCUGAGUGAGCUGCAGGAGAUGGCGUCACGGCAACAGCAGCAGAUCAACGCCCAACAACAGCUACUGGCCUCUAAGGAGCAGCGACUGCAUUUCCUCAAGAUGCAGGACCAGAGGCAACAGCAGCAGCAGGCGUCCGAGCAGGAGAAGCUAAAGCUGCUGCGGGAGAACGCUGAGAACCAGGAGGCCAAACUGCGCAGGGUUCGAGCGCUUAAAGGACAAGUGGAGCAGAAACGCAUCAGCAACAGUAAACUAGUGGAGGAGAUAGAGCAGAUGAACGGCAUGUUCCAGCAGAAACAGAGGGAGCUGGUGGUGGCCGUCAGCAGGGUGGAGGAGUUGAGUCGACAGCUAGAGAUGUUACGAAGCGGCAAAAUGGACGAAGUCGGGCCGAGCUCAACAGGAGAACUGGAACGGUUAUACAAAGAACUUCAGCUGAGGAAUAAGUUGAACCAGGAGCAAAGUGCCAAACUCCAGCACCAGAGAGAGAAUCUAAACAAGAGGAACCUCGAGAUGGCUGCCAUGGACAAAAGAGUGGCCGAACUGAGAGAUCGACUGUGGAAGAAGAAAGCUGCUCUCCAACAGAAAGAGAACUUACCUCUGCCCUCCGAAAGCCAGAUCUCUCAGCCCACCACCCUCUCCCGGGUUGCCGCUGUUGGGCCGUAUAUUCAGACCACCCCUGCCCCUCCGGUUCCUCCCCGACAAGAGAUCCUGGUGAAACCUGCUUACCCCGACGUCACAACUACUGUGCCCAAACCUCCCCCAAAACCAACCACAGGUAUUGGUAUCCUGACAAGUAAGAUGUCCAAAGAUUCAGAGUUGUUCUCCAGUACUGAAACGAACCGCAGUGCCCAUGGCCACUCCUCAACCCUUCCCCGUAUGACCAGCCACGCUUCCCAGGAGAAAGAUCCUCAGGCAGAUUUGAGACCGCCGCCGUUGCCCUUACGAAAGAACCAGAGUAGCGAGGACCUCUUGAGGGAUGCCCAGUCUGCAGAGAAACCAUUCGGCAAGGUUCCUCCACCUGUUCCUAGCAAACCCAAACCUGCUUUAUCAGGCCAGUCCACUUUAAACAAACCUCCAUACAGCACAGGCACCUUCCCCGGCAAAGGCAAAUCAGCCAAUCAGAAACCUCCGAUGCCCCUUCCAUCCCAAAACCAAACCUUACCCGCACCUCUGCCCUCCAAACCGGACACCUUACCCGCCGCGACGGUACGUCCUUUCACAGCAGAGGCAGGGAAAGAGACGUCCACCACCGGCACGCUCCGCAAGCCCCAAACUGUAGCAGCGAGCUCUAUCUAUUCAAUGUAUACCCAGCAGAGCAUUCUUGGGAAGGGUUACCAAGGACAAAGCACGCUGACCCGAUCACAACCUCGAUUGUACGGUAAACCAGUUAUCCCAUCCAGUGGGGGGCAGCAGUCUUAUCCUCAGGACAGCAGUCAUACUGAGAGACUCGGAGGCUUUGAUGGUGAUCAGGUAGACCAGGGGACCAGCGCGGCCCCUUCAACCUCCUCCGGCGAGAGCCAGGAGACAGAACGCGCUCCUCGCCCCCUCAGUCCGACCAAACUGCUGCCGUUCCUCUCAAACUCCCAUCGACUCCAGAGCGAUGCCGAUUUGGAGGCCCUGCGGAAGAGACUGCACCAUGCGCCCAGGCCCCUGAAAAAACGCAGUUCUAUAACCGAACCCGAGGGUCCGAGCGGACCCAACAUCCAGAAGCUCCUCUACCAGAAGACCACACUGGCGGCGAUGGAGACCAUCCCAGCUGGCUUCCUGCAGGUGGAGGCAGAGGAUGGUAACAGAAAGGCUGAGAAUGGACCCCAGGAUGGACUCUGUGACGCGAGGAUACCGGAGUGUGAGAAAGAGGAUGAAGAUCAGAUCCCUCCUGCCCUUCCACCUCGAUCUCCCAUUCCGGAUGAUAGCAGCACUGGAUUGUUCCCUCCGCCACCGCUUAAAGAAGAACAGGAAGUUUACGGCCCGGCCGCUCCAGAACCUUAUAUUGAGGAGUACCCACCUUACCCCCCACCUCCAUAUCCCAAUAUAACAGAGCAAGAGGAGGAGAGUACUAAUAUGAAGGCUCCGGAGGUCACAGGACAGGUCACGCUCCCACCGGGCAAAAGAACAAACUUGCGCAAGACGGGCUCGGAGCGCAUCGACCACGGGAUGCGUGUGCGGUUCAACCCACUGGCCCUCCUGCUGGACUCCUCCCUGGAGGGCGAAUACGACCUGGUCCAAAGAAUCAUAUACGACGUGGACGACCCCAGUAUGCCCAACGAUGAGGGCAUCACGGCUUUGCACAACGCCGUUUGCGCUGGACACACGGAAAUCGUGAAGUUCCUGGUGCAGUUUGGAGUGAACAUGAAUGCUGCGGAUAGUGAUGGAUGGACUCCCCUACAUUGUGCCGCCUCUUGUAAUAACGUGCAAGUGUGUAAGUUCCUGGUGGAGUCCGGAGCUGCUGUUUACGCCAUGACUUACAGCGACAUGCAGACGGCAGCUGACAAGUGCGAGGAGAUGGAGGAAGGCUAUGCCCAGUGCUCCCAGUUUCUCUACGGUGUGCAGGAGAAGAUGGGCAUCAUGAACAGGGGUGUAGUUUAUGCCCUGUGGAAGUACGAUGCCGAGUCUCCGGACGAGUUGUCGUUUAAAGAGGGAGACUGUCUGACGGUCUUAAGAAGAGAAGACGACGAAGAGACUGAGUGGUGGUGGGCGAGAUGCGCCGACAACGAGGGCUAUAUACCUCGCAACCUGCUCGGGCUGUAUCCAAGAAUCAAGCCCCGACAGAGAAGCCUCGCGUAAUAUCUGGAGAUCUGCACAGCUGACGACGAGGUUUUGGGGGAGGAAAUGAGGUCUAUUGUUUCAAUGAGCGCUUCGCCCCGGAGCACUGAAGGAAGUUCUGAAGAACUCAUCGGAUUUGAGUUGUGAAGAAAAACCAUGAAUAGAAGUUUCAUAGCAGAAUGUUUUACAUGUUUGUAAGGUUUAAACCUUUAGCACAGGUAGAUUGAAGUUAGAUGCACAUUUAGGCAUGUAUGUUUGAAUGUUAAGGAGAAUUUAUCGAUGAAAAUUGAUAAAUUGAUCAAGAGUAUUAUGUCUCAUAUGAAGGAUUUCAGUGAUUUGCUAUUGUUCUUCUUUUAGAUUUCUGUUGCACAAACGCUCAUUUGUUGGACUAAACCUCUUGCAGAUUUGAGAAUUUUAUAUUUUUUCUUUAUCUUAUCCGUAACGCCAUCCAUGAGCUUGUUCUUAUGGUGCUUGCUGCUACGCUACAACGGUCUGUUCUGUGAACAAUUAACAAUUUAUUCUGCAGCGCAAAUACCACUUAUCAUUUAUCGUAAUAAAAACGUUAAGUCAA